UGCCCCGCCCUGCCCCGCCCUGCCCCGCCGGAGGCUGGGCUGGCGAGCGCGCCCGCCCCGCCGGUAGCCGGUUGUGCCCCGGGCGGCUCGGUGGCAGGAUGAGAGUGAACGAGAGCGAGCUGAACAGCUCCGUCCUCCCGCGGGACCCGCCGGCCGAGGGCGCCCCGCGCCGCCAGCCCUGGGUGACCUCCACUUUGGCCGCCAUCCUCAUCUUCACCAUCGCGGUGGACCUGCUGGGCAACCUCUUGGUCAUCCUCUCCGUCUACCGCAACAAGAAGCUGCGAAACGCGGGAAAUGUGUUUGUUGUAAGCCUGGCAGUUGCCGACUUGAUAGUAGCUAUCUACCCUUAUCCACUGGUCCUCACAUCUGUGUUUCACAACGGAUGGAAACUGGGAUACCUACACUGCCAGAUUAGUGGCUUCUUGAUGGGCCUAAGUGUCAUUGGAUCAAUCUUCAAUAUUACAGGCAUCGCUAUCAAUCGGUACUGCUAUAUCUGCCACAGCCUCAAAUAUGACAAGCUGUACAGCGACAGGAAUUCAUUGUGCUAUAUUGUUCUCAUAUGGCUCCUAACAUUUGUUGCUAUCGUGCCCAACCUGUUUGUGGGAUCGCUCCAGUAUGACCCCAGGAUUUACUCGUGUACGUUUGCACAGUCUGUGAGCUCAGCAUACACUAUAGCAGUUGUGUUUUUCCACUUCCUGCUUCCCAUAGCCGUAGUUACUUUCUGUUACUUGCGAAUAUGGAUCCUCGUUAUCCAGGUAAGGCGAAGGGUUAAACCGGAUAACAACCCUCGGCUGAAACCACACGACUUCAGAAACUUUGUAACCAUGUUUGUGGUAUUUGUACUGUUUGCAGUCUGCUGGGCUCCUUUGAACUUUAUAGGCAUUGCAGUGGCUGUCAACCCAAAAACUGUAAUCCCUAGGAUUCCAGAGUGGUUGUUUGUGUCCAGCUAUUACAUGGCAUAUUUCAACAGCUGCCUUAAUGCUAUAGUAUAUGGACUCCUGAACCAGAACUUCAGAAGAGAAUACAAGAGAAUUAUUGUCAAUUUUUGUACAGCAAAAGUUUUUUUCCAGGAUAGUUCUAAUGAUGCAGGAGACAGAAUGAGAAGCAAACCUUCUCCACUGAUUACAAACAACAAUCAAGUGAAGGUGGACUCUGUUUGAAAAAGGGAAUUUUACUAUUAUCACUCAACAGCGUUCAACAAAAUUGUCCAUUUUAUUAGACCACCUGUUAAAUAUUGUGAAAUAUACCUUCUACACUGAAAGCACUUUGAUCAAAUUCCUCUCAUGGUGUUUGGAAGCUUGUUACAGAGCCUUGACAUACAGAGCCUCUUAUGCAAUGGCAUAUCCCCUGUAUAAUGACAUAGUGAUAUCCUUGAGGAAAUAAAAAGUUAUGAACGGCUUCCUUUUUUUUUUCUUAGAUGGAGAUAAGCACCUAGAAAGAGAUUGAAUCAGCAGUAUCCAUAUUGCCUGGUUCAGUAAAACAAGUAAUAAAACUAUUCCUGCCACUUUCCACAUGCUUUUUCUGUCCAU